GUGCUUUAGGACUCCCAAAGAAAUCCACGUACUAUAAAGCAGCUAUCCUAGAGUCCGCCAUCAAACUUCAUGCCCCUAAAAACACCUUCCAGUGGGUAGACAUGGAACAUGGCAUGACUCGCCCUAACCUCAUAACAAACCUAAUGUGGACACUGAAGCCAUUCAGACCACGAGUGACCCCACUCUACCCAACUCUACCCAACCACAGCAUUGACUCUGCGAACCUGGGACCAAUGGCAAAAAAGUUCUGUACUCAAGCCCCACUGACGGCAUUGGAAACAAUAUCACCAUGGCUGUCCCUGAAACCAAGAACAUCCAGAGGCAUUACCCGAAUAAAAGACUUUUGCUCCCAGUCCCCUAUGUCCCUUAUGCUCCCAGUCAAAACACUGGAAAGUCAGAGAAAACUACAAUGCACUGAACAGGGAACCAAGAGAAAACCAUGA